CCCGGAGCCCGCCUUCGCCUCAGGGUAUCGCGGCCGCUGUCGGCGCGCUGCGGGGCCUGCGGGCCGCCCGCCGGCCGAGGGGGAAGCGGGGCUCAGCGGAGCCGCGGCCUUUACCGUAAAGACCGGCCAGAGGGGCGGGCGGAAAGGGCGGAGUCCUCUUAUGCGGCUUGGUGGUGGCCCGCCCUCGUCGUGGAAACCCCGCCGCGGCUGGAACCCUCGGAUAAGCGUCCUCUGAGGGGACAAGUUCCCGCCUCCCGCUCCCGGCCCCCGUUUCUUGAGUCCAGUUUAUGUAGGACAUGUGAAGAGACACCAACAUCAAAGAUUUUAAAUUUGGACACACAGUUGCAAUUAUAUUACUUCACAGCUUUCAUGCUAUGUAUCAGCAGUUCCCGUUGAUGGAGCUCCACAAAAAGAGAUGCCAGACAACUGAGAGCAGCAGUGCCUGACCUUGAGGCAGAAGCACCACCUCAGACUUUUCUUGAGAAGCUUUAUGAUAAUCAAGAGUAUUGAAUAUGUGUGGAAUCUUGAGUAGUUUUUAAGUUAAGCAGAAGAAAUUGAAGACUUCUGGCAGUGUAUUACCAGUCACAGCUCUGCAGAACUCCAACUAAUACUUUGAAGAAUAGCUGCAAUCCAGAGUUUCAACAUAAAUGUGCAUGAAAAUCUGAAGCGUUAACACAAAAUGUCAUCAUCGCUGCCGUCAUCCUCGUAUUUACCUGUACAUAAUUGUACUGCUCCUCUACAGGACUUGGAUCUUCAGGGAAAGUUUCUUCUUCCUCAUGCUACUGAGGAAAAACUGUAUGUGCCACCUGGAGAAGCCGGAAAACUCCGUUCACUGAUUCAACCAUAUAAAAAGGAUUAUCAUAGAACUACACAAGCCAUCCAAGAUGGAAAAUGUUUUACUGAUCUAAGCAAAGAAUCUGACAGCCUAGAACACCAAUUAAACAGUAAAAACAUUGACACUUUGAUGCAGAAGUUGAGUGAAAGCAUGUUCCAAAAUACUAUUCUCAGGAGAAAAACACUUGAAAGGGAGAAACACGUUAAAGAACUUACAUCCAGGCUUCAGCUUGAAAAAGCCAAUGUACAGAAGGGAGACCAUUUGUCAAGAUCAGCAAAGACAAUACAAGUUCACCUGCGACGUCAGAUUCAAAGAAAAGAAGCGGAAAAUGAUGAAUUAAAAGUGAAAAUACAGACUCUACAGAAGAAAAUAGCAGCAUGGAAACUUCAGUUUGGUGAAUGCAAGCAUCAGAUGUUUGCCUUAAAGGAAACAAGUGAGCAAAAGAAGGCUGCUCUGAAAAAAGCAGUCAGGUGCCAGAAACAAAGAGCUCAGCACUCCGAAGCAGCUGUGGAAAGAUUAACCUCCAAAAUGAAAGAACGUGAAGUAAAACUGUCUGAGAUACUGUCAGCUUCCAAUGUCUGGAAGAAGCAGCAUGAUAGAGUGGUUGAAGAAAAUACAACAUUAGAAAUUCAAACAGAAGAUCUUAAGAAGCAGAUCACAAGGCUUUUGGAAGACCUGAAAAGAAAGGAGGAAUGGAGAAGAAACUCAGAUGAGGAAAUUCUUGGAAAGCUAAAUGCUGUUAACUCUGAAAAUGAGAAGAUUUACCUUGAAAAUGAAAAAUUAAAGGCUUCCCUUGCUACAUUGGAAAACAAUACUGUUUCUGUUGAAAAUGAGCUGCUAAAUCUGCAAGAACAGGCAAAGCUCCAGGAAAACCUUGUUGAACAAUAUAAAAAUCAGGUACAAGAAUUACAAAUAGCAGCAGCAGAAUUGAAAUCCAGAUAUGCAACAGUCUUAAAUGAAAACAAAAGAAUAAUAGAAGACAAAAGCUUAGAGGUAGAUAAGGUGAGGGACAACGUGGAGCCCGAGUUAAAGGAGUUAGAACAUGGUUUUGAGUUGCUGAAAACACCUGAGGAAAAGCAGCAAUCAUAUCAGGAAAAGCUUAUACCCCGGGAAAGGAUCCAUGCACAGAAAGGCAAAACCCCUAGGGAGCUGCAGGUUCAGGAGGAAUAUGGAGUAACUUCUGUGGGCAGUCUUUGCUUAGAAGAAGAAAACUGUAACAUUGAGAAGAAAUAUGAAGAUCUUAAAAGGCAAUUAGAAAAGAUGGAGUUUCAGAAUAAAGAACUCGCUUGUCAGCUCAGAAAAGAAGAUGAGAGUCUUCAGUGCAGUCAAUUGCAGCUUGAAGAGAAAAUUGCAGAAUAUGAGGGAUUAACCAGACAACUGGAAUCGGCUUUGGAAGAAGGGAGAAAAAUGGUGGCUGAGGAACUGGAAAAAACAUCAUGCAGAGAACAAGCCCUUCGGGCAAAAAUGCUGGUUCUUGAAGCUGAACUGAGAGAGGGGCAAGAACAGAGAAACCAACUCCUCUGUGUGUUUCACCACAACAGAAAGCACCAUGAAGUGCAUUUGAAAGAGCUGCAGAACAGCCUUCAGAAGUCAGAGAACAGGAACCAGAGCAUGCAGAAUUACCUGCAGUUCUUGAAAGCUUCGUACAUAAUAACGUUUGGCUGAAUUCUGUGUUUCAGUGCAAAGCAGCUUCCCAAGGUUUGGCUCUAAGUGUUGCUGCAGGCAGGGCAGGCUGCAGCCCAGCAGUGAGGGGUGUGAGCGCGGGCUGUGCACAGAGCUGGCUGUGCUCUGUGCAUUCACCGCGUGUUAGCUCCUGUGCUCUAAAGUCUUACGUGUGUCCGUCCAGGCCAUGGUAAAUACAGAUGAUCACGGGUUGCCUUUCAGUUCAGUGGGGGAAAAGAGCAGCCAUGGGUGGGUUGUGCAGCACUUCGCCUAUUUUAGUGAUUAAUAAUUGAAUGAUAUUUAUCAGACAUGACACGUCUGUAACUGUAGAAAUCUGGUUGCCCAGUGAUGUCUAUCCUAUUAAGACAGGCAAAACUUUAAGGAGCAUUAGGUUCCCUUCCUUUCUUUUCCCUGUCGCUCAGCACCAGUACAGCACCCACUGCUGCUCUGCAGGAGAUGGAUGCCAUCACAAGGCUGUCCCAUCCCGCCUUUGUUCCAUACAUCCCAUUAUGAUCUGGAGCACGCUAUAGUGAUAGUUUAAAACAGAAGUAGGAAAGUAUUUUGGGUACAGAUGGAGUUUAAGCGCUGACUGUGCUGAUGGACCCUUUCACAGCAACACGGCUCCAGUCGGGUGCUGAAGUGUUUGUGUACAAGAGCUGCUGGGCGCUGAAGUCAGACGGACUCAACUCCCAGGUUGCGCACUUGUAACUGUGCAGCUGACACAGGGCUGACGCAAAACCCAGCUCUGAGCGAGCAAGUGUUUUUAUAGAAACGUGCUGCGAGAUGUUUGUCAAGAAGUAGUGUAACUUUCAGGUAAAAACAAGCAAUUUGGAAUGUGUAUUUGUCUGGUUUUUGGCUGAAAAUGUAAGUUACUUCAUGCACAGACACAACCUGUUCGUUAAACGUGGGAUUUCCUUGUUAGUUCUAAUGUGCAGAAUGUUGAUGUGUUCUUCUUUCCUUGCAAUACUUGUCCAUCCUGACAAAUACUAAUCUGUGCUAAUGAGCUGCUUGGGGGCACUUGUAAAACAUGAAAGUAUUAUUGUAUAUAUUAUUGUAUAUGACACACAGUAGUAAAUAUUUCUGUUAAAUUUGGGGGUUUUCGCAUUACACGCACACACUUAGACCCAUUUUUGUGUUCAUUUACUUCUGCUCGUGCUACUUUGAAAAGAGCAAAACCUUUCUGAAAGUCAUCAAAUAUGAAGAAAAGAUUCCAGAAAUAAAGUGUUGAAUCCAUGAACUGUUUUUAAAAG